ACUCGUGAAAAAAAACCGUACGCGUGCACUUUCCAUGUAGUCUCUAUUCACUGCUCGGAGGCAACCGCAGGGAGCAAGUCUAUUCGUCGAUUCGUGGUAGUGUACUAGAUGGGAGUCGAUUUUUCAUGUCAGGUAACAGUCAUGUCACAGAAGCUUUUAGUGCGUUACCGGUUCGAUCGCAUGGUUCGCAAGGAGUGCCAAGUUCUGAGUUCUCGAUUUUCAACAAUCUGCAGGCCAGCAGUCGAUUUCUGGGCAUACGCGAGAUGUACAUAUGGAAGUCAAUAUUUCUUGUCCAGUCAUGUGAGUUUCAUGUCCAGUUUCACGACCAAAGCGACCGCGACUCCACGGUUCCUUCGGCCCAUUUGAGUUAUCAGUCGUGUUAUUCGAAGAAUGAAGCAAAGAAAAAAACAUACAUCGAGUUUUACUAUCGAUUACCAGAAUUGCGUAUAUGGUCUAAAACUAUGUUCUUGAAACCAACCAUAAUUUAAAAAGCAAAAAUACACAUAUCAAUAUUUGGGUGACCUUAAAUCUCGCUCUCAUUUACGUAUACACGGGUACUUAAAAUUACAGUAGGUAGACGUAGCCCUACCUACACGUACAAUAUACCCCACUGGCUUGGGUAUCCUGUGGAGCCGCGUCUUUGCGUGACAUAUCACGUGCUAUCUUCAUUUCUCAGAAUGCUAUUAAUAGUUUUAAAAACAACAUUCAACACCAAGUAUCGCGUAUAAGAACUCGUGAUUUAUCUGAACUAGCAGAUUCCAAAAAAGAUAUCGGGAAAUUGUCUCUACUAACGGAUUUCCGACCAUGGCGAAUGUUCAUGUAGACCCAAAUAUCUUAGUGGAGGAGAAUGGGAACGCUUCAUCAUCGUCAUCAUCAUCGUCAUCAUCAUCGUCAUCAUCCCGAAGAAGUUCAGCUAGCAAUAACGAUUUUCUGACUGCCACUAGCACGCUAGCUAUGUUAUCAAAUGGCCUAUAUCACAGACAAGGACGAAACUCAAUAAACGGACUUCAUGAACUAAGUACAGAUACCAACUACGGAUCGCUUGUCACAAACCAGCAAGGUAUUUCACCAAAUAAUGAAAGUCUCAGACCAAGAAAUGACUCAACAAUCGGCUCAGACGUUUUCUACCUUGCCUCGCAAGAGGCUCCAAGUACAUGGAAAUGUGCCGUCUCCUACAUGUGCUGCUUUUGUAGCGCUCUUGUCGAUGGAGAUUCCGGUUCUAAGCACCUUAGUAUAUUCCACUGGACAAUCACGGUUACGUUUGGCAUCGUUCUUCUCCUCGGGAGGGAGGCAUCUAAUGACAAAGUUCCUCUGUCCGUCUUUGAGGUCUUCCAGGCGAUUUACAUGUGUUUAGCUGUUAUAUGGAUGUCUUGCGUGACAUACUGCUGUCAAGGCCGCUGUUGCAUUCCUAAACAUCCAAAGUCACGCAUUCCAGGUUAUCUGAUUUUCGGAGUGACUUUUUUUCUCGUAGGAAGCUCUUUCCUUACUUUAUGCAAGAUCGUUGGCAUUCUUUUGGGGUUAAGUUGUGAAAAGGAGACGCAGUCUUAUAAAGCAUCCCAUGCUUUGUAUCAUUUCUCCAAAUUCGUCUUCUUAAACUUUCAGUUGUAUUUUUUCUGCCGAUUUUCGAACAAGUCCUUCUUCAACCGAUGGGGCAGCAGUUUUUUUCUCAUGCACAUUAUUGGUGUCAACAUGUGUUCAUGGUUUUACGUCAUCAUAGAGGAAUCUGCAGAAGACAUGAAACCAACCAAACCGCCAAACACCUACAGCCAGUCAUGCAAUGCAACAAUGGCGAUGGAAAACUUAAUCAAAAAGGCUAACUAUUUCUUGUACCCCUUUGAGAUCGAAUACUCUGUAAUGUCUUCAGGUUUGCUUUUUAACUUAUGGUACUCCCUCAAACAGCCACCUGACUACAACUCUGUUGAAAGUAGCGAUGCAAACAGCGAAACAAACGGUAACGGCAUCUUUUCUUCCAAGUUUUGCGGCCUGAGCGCCGCCUGCUCCACGUGCUGUAAAUGUAAACCUGAAAGCUCCCCCCAAGGACAUGCUAGAACGGUGGCUUUCUGGAAAAACGCCAUUUGUGGGUUUUCCAUUGGGAUAAUUACCCUAGUUGGACUCCUUGUUUUGAUCAUCUGUGUCUAUGCUGAGAAGGAUGUCGCACGUAUUAAUCCCUGGAAUGCUUAUUACGGCGUACGGAUUCUUAUUUACAUUAUGAUGGCCUUCGCAUCCUUGGUGGGGAUAAACUGUCUCGUACAUUUCCACCCUUCAUCUUCUUCUUCCCACACCAUUGUUGACACAGUUCUGCUAAUGAUUGGCAUAAGUGGAGCGUUCAUAUUAACCGGUUUUCAAAUCGUAGUGGGAUUUACAGAGCUGAAAAGCAAAAGGGAUAAAACCUAUGUCACGUUUUUCCUGUUAGAUGCCGUUGCAGCAACCGUUCAGUUCACGGUGCAAACGCUUUUCGUCAUCAGAGCUUUGCUUCGUUCGGCUGAGUCUUACGAUAAUGAAGUCUACCGAGAUGUCAGCAUAAGGACUCUCUCAUGGUUCAUUCGCCAGAUUGCGGCGCUUCUCAGCAUUGUUAAUUUUGCAUUAUGGGCUAUGAACACAUUUGAGAUCAACUUUAAGGAGAUGAAUAACCCGGAGAUUUCCGUGAUAGACAGUACUGUCUGGUCCGUUGUUCGACACAUCGCAUACCCACUUUGCAUCUUUUUCAGACUGCAUUCUGUGUUUUGUUGCUUUGAGAUCGUCAUUAACAGAUUUGGUAUCGACGCUAUUGCAGAUAGCAGGCUGCGAAAUAUCUAGUGAGAGAAGGAGGAGAAGAAGGAAGAAUCAGGGGGAGGAGGAAGGAGGAGGGAUUGAGGAGUAGCAGUGAGGAGGAGGAGAAAGAAUUGGUGGAAGUGGAAGGUGUCUAUCAUAUAAGCACCAUGCAUGGUCGUUAAAAAGAGUGGAUGCCAUAUUGGAUUGUUUCAAAACGUCAAAACACAGGCGCAUACGAGAUGAGGGAGAAGGGGGGGGGGGGGAGUGCGCAGGGUGGGCGUGAUCCCCCCCUGGCGGCCAAAACGUGGAUCAUUUCAAAUACUAUUGUCACGCGGGAAUUAUCACAGGGUGUCAGGGAUAAGCUACUAUUUUUCACGCGGGGAAUUAUCACAGGGUGUCAGAGAUAAGCUACUAUUUUUCACGCGGGGAAUUAUCACAGGGUGUCAGGGAUAAGCUACUAUUUUUCACGCGGGGAAUUAUCACAGGGUGUCAGGAAUAAGCUACUAUUUUUCACGCGGGGAAUUAUCACAGGGUGUCAGGGAUAAGCUUCUACUUUUCACGCGGGAAAUUAUCACAGGGUGUCAGGGAUAAGCUAUUUUUUUUUCACGCGGGAAAUUAUCACAGGGUGUCAGAGAUAAGCUACUAUUUUUCACGCGGAGAAUUAUCACAGGGUGUCACGGAUAAGCUACUACUUUUCACGCGGGAAUUAUCACAGGGUGUCAGGGAUAAGCUUCUACUUUUCACGCGGGAAUUAUCACAGGGUGUCAUGGAUAAGCUUCUACUUUUCACGAGGGAAUUUAUCACAGGGUGUCAGGGAUAAGCUACUACUUUUCACGCGGGGAAUUAUCACAGGGUGUCAGGGAUAAGCUUCUACUUUUCACGCGGGAAAUUAUCACAGGGUGUCAUGGAUAAGCUUCUACUUUUCACGCGGGAAAUUAUCACAGGGUGUCAGGGAUAAGCUACUAUUUUUCACGCGGGAAAUUAUCACAGGGUGUCAGAGAUAAGCUACUAUUUUUCACGCGGGGAAUUAUCACAGGGUGUCACGGAUAAGCUACUACUUUUCACGCGGGAAUUAUCACAGGGUGUCAGGGAUAAGCUACUAUUUUUCACGCGGGGAAUUUUCACAGGGUGUCAGGGAUAAGCUACUACUUUUCACGCGGGAAAUUAUCACAGGGUGUCAGGGAUAAGCUAUUACUUUUCACGCGGGAAAUUAUCACAGGGUGUCAGAGAUAAGCUACUAUUUUUCACGCGGGGAAUUAUCACAGGGUGUCACGGAUAAGCUACUACUUUUCACGCGGGAAUUAUCACAGGGUGUCAGGGAUAAGCUACUAUUUUUCACGCGGGAAUUAUCACAGGGUGUCAUGGAUAAGCUACUACUUUUCACGCGGGAUAAUUAUCACAAGGUGUCAGGGAUAAGCUACUACUUUUCACGCGGGGAAUUAUCACCGGGUGUCAGGGAUAAGCUACUAUUUUUCACCCGGGAAUUAUCACAGGGUGUCAGGGAUAAGUCUAGUACUUGCAACGCGGGGAAUUAACGCAAGUUUCGCUGUUUUUAUAACUUUAUCAUUUUAGACAAUUUACCGCCACUUGUGCCGGGAGUUGAUAAUGCGUUUUGUUUAGUUAGCGGCCAAUGGAAGUUGGCCCCUCACUAAAUUGUAGGCGUGUCCACAUUGUUUUCAAGUGAUAGUCGAGAAUCGUAAAUCGAGCGCCUUUUCCCGUUCCGUAUUCAUCAACUACCGGUAAAAAGUUGGAUUUGACUUCUUGAGCAGUUAACUCUAGGUAUCGUCUAGGUCUAGUGAAACUCUGUAUAGCCAGGUUUGGUAUUAAGGAAGAAGUGCAGAAAUGAUUGAAAUGCUGCCAAUUAUUGUGACCACGCAUGAAGCUUGCCAUGCGCACUAGCACAGCAAGCAUCUAGUGUGUUAUCUCCGAAAGUCAAUAAUAACCAUGUAAUCAUUACGCAGAUCACGGCAAGUCCAAGGGUAACUCACUGGCACACCCAUGUAGGAAGGUCACUCUUCGUACACCUAUUGGCUAAAAACCUUCCAAACAAAAAUAAACGCUUUUCGGGGUGUCAGUGAAGCAUUUCCUUUUGGACUUGCCUUGUUACGAACACAUAAAAGGGAUGCGGUACAAUACCCCCCAAAAUUUUCUUGUAAUCGUCUUGUACACACUGUGUAAGGCAUUCAGUUGUAACAGCGAACAAAUAAACCUCGGUACCGUCCCAACA